AUGACUGAGCCUGACUCCCUUCUCUCCUCUCUUUGCUCUAUUUGGUGCAAAAUCCUCACCUGCUCCCUUCCAUGCGUCAAACGUCACAAGCUCUGGGCGCAAUGCAGUGGCGUACGCGAUCCAGCAGCUUACAUCAAGCAUUCCAAUCUUGUCACACCCGCUGGAAUCGACCAUGACUACAAUUAUCUCACAAGUAUAGAGCGAGAAUUCGACAAAGCAGAGAGAGAGGCUAGUGUGCGAGGCAUAAUUCUAGACGAGCCGUCAGACCAGAAGAGAAGCGGGCCUGCAAAGGGAGAGGUACCGUUGAACGCUACUCUCGAACGCAGUGAGAUCAUUGUCGCGAAGGCACCCAAGGGCAUGCACAGGAGCAAGACCAAUCGCACAAAAUGGGUAAAGCAACAUAAGUGCCUCGAGUGGACAGUGGAAUGGGUGCACCCUGAUGGGAGAAAGGAGCUAGUGCAAUGCCUGGAUAACACCCCUUUGUACCAAUGCUAUCAAGCUAUCGUCAAUCCUAAGCCCAGGGAGAGGAAGACCAAGAAACGAAAGACGAUGACGGAGCAUGAAGAUUCGCCAAGCAAAGGGCAAUGUGCAGCUGAUGGCGACCGCUCUGGUGCCACUGACGUUAAAGACCAAAGAGAAGAUUCUGCUCCUCGAUCUGAAUGUCUGAAGGACAAUUUGCCUUCAUCUCCGACUACCAACAACCAAACGAGUCCAGUAAGCCCGCCCAACCCUGACCCCAACAUCUCUUUUCAUCUGCACACCCCAACACUUCCAUCACGCCAAACAAUCGUCGCGCUCUUGGAACCCGAGUUCUUCCUCUCCUCAGGCCUCCGUACACGUCUCGUUCUCGAAUACCCCACAAUCUACGUCCUCAAUCAAGCUUCCAAUGCUCCACUACCCGAAGGCUUCCUCAGCGAGCGACAAUUCUUCGAGAACGCUCGCAAAGAGAUGCUUGCAGAAGUAGACGAGGGGGAGAUCGUGGAAGAGGCCGGCGGAAACGAGGGGGAGGAGACAAAUGGCACAAGCAACGGAACGCAGGAUGCUACAGCGAGAAUCGAGAAACUAGAUGAGAAGAAGUUGUUAGAGGUAUUGGGCAAGGACAUGAAAGCUCGAUGA